UUUCUAGAGUGUAAUAAAUACAAUGUAGCCAAGGUUCAAGCUCCAAUAAUAACAUUUUUAAUAUGCAAAGUUGAUUUGGGUGAAUUGACAAAAAAAAAAUCUUCCUAUAAUCAUUUUCAGCCACAAAAUUUGGAAUAAGACAAUUUCAACUCAUUUUUGCAUUUGUAUAUUUUGUGUAUAUAUAUGAAUUUGGCCGAGGUCCGGGACCAAGCAAGGACAGUAGUAGAACUAGUGAGCUAACCACGUCCAAGGCCUUCUUCAACCGUCGCAACUUCCGUUACAAAAUCCGACCGUUACAGAACCCUUCAAAAAUUUAAAAAAUCCAACGCCGAACCAUAACCAAAUUAUUGUAAAAAAAAAACCAUAACCAAACCAACCAACAAGACCUCUGAAAAUCAGAGCACUCCCAACCCGCACCCCACUACCCACUCUGUUUCAGUGCGUGAUGAACAAAGACGAUCACCACCAUCAGCAUCCGCCGCCGUCCAUGGAGGAAGAGGAGCAGAUGCAAGAGCUCCGGCUCAAAGCCUCGGAGCUCCUCCUCCGAGAAGAGUGGCACGAUUCCGUACAAGUCUAUACCCAAUUCAUCACCCUCUGUCGAUCUCAUAUCGAGAAACACCCGCCGCCGCUGUGCAACUCUCCUCAUCUCACCAAGAUCCAGAGAUCCCUCUGUCUCGGCCUCUCAAAUCGAGCGGAGGCCCACUUCCGGCUGAGAGAUCCCGACAAAGCGCUCAGAGAUUGCAACCAAGCGCUGGAAAUCGAACCCACCCAUUACAAGUCUCUGCUCGGCAAAGGCAGGAUCUUAUUCGCCUUAAACAGGUACUCCGCCGCUUUGCUCUGCUUCAAAUCAGCUCUUCUGGAAGACCCACAAUCCAACGAAACCCUAAACGGAUACAUUGAGAAAUGUAAAAAGCUCGAGUCUUUAUCGAGGACUGGCGCUUUCGAUCUCACCGAUUGGGUUCUCAACGGGUUCCGGGGCAAGACGCCAGAGCUUGCAGAGUACGUGGGAGCGGUGAAGAUCAAAAGAUCCGAGGAGCUCAGUGGGAGAGGCCUUUUCGCUACCAAGAACAUGGAUGCAGGGACAUUGGUGUUGGUCACUAGAGCAAUCGCCACAGAGAGAUGCAUAUUAUCCAAUGAAGAAGAAGAUUCCGCGGAGAACGCCCAAUUAGUAAUGUGGAAGAGUUUCAUCGACCAAGUCUCCGACUCCGCCGCAAAGUGCACCUGGAUUCGCCGGCUAAUUAGUACAUUAUCCCCAGGAGAUGACGAAGCCAGCCUUGAGAUCCCUGAAACAGAGCUCUUCAAGAGGGAGCUUACAGAGGAAUGCGGCGAAUCAGAACCGGACCUGAGCUCCGACGACCUUCUCAACAUACUGGACGUUAACUCCCUGGUGGAAGACUCGGUGUCCGCCAAGGUUUUGGGGAAGAACAGCGAUUACUAUGGUGUUGGUUUGUGGGUCCUAGCUUCAUUCAUCAACCAUUCAUGCAUCCCAAACUCACGCAGGCUGCACGUUGGCGACUAUGUAAUGGUUCAUCUCUCCAAGGAUGUGAAAGCAGGAGAAGAGCUCACGUUCAGUUAUUUUGACGUGCUUCUGCCGUUAGAGAAGAGGAAGGAGAUGUCUCAGACAUGGGGGUUCAGUUGCCACUGCAGGAGAUGCAGGUUUGAAGAAGGGUUUUGGGCAGAUAAGCAAGAGCUGAAGGAGAUUGAGAUGAUGGGGCUCGGAAAGGGAAAAGGAAUGGUAGAUUUCGGGGGAGUGAUCUUCAGGAUAGAGGAAGCAAUGAAGAGAUGGAACGUGAGAGGGAGAGAGAAGGGCUAUUUGAGAGCGUCGUUUUGGGGUGUUUAUGAAGACGGUUAUGCGUCAGUGAAGAGGUGGGGGAGACGAAUCCCGGCAAGUGAUGUGGUGGUGGAGAGUGUUGCAGAAGCUGUGGGAAGUGAUGAGAGGCUGUUGAAGGUUUUGAUGCGAGAUAUGACGAACAAGAGUGGAGUUUUGGAGAUUGAGAGAGCCAUGAAGCUCGGGAAGGGGGUGUAUGGGAAAGUUGUGAAGAAAAAAUCACUUAGAUCACUGAUUGGUGUUGAAAUUCAAGAACAGAAGGUAUAUUAAAACAUUAGUCCUCUGAAAGAUAACCCCUUUUUUUUUUAUUUCCUUAUUGCUAUUGGACUGAUAGCUUUCUUUCAAUUCAUCAUCAAAUGUAAUGCUGGCAAAACAACAGUUGCUGUAUCAAAUAUCAAUCAAUCUCACGUCUGUAUUGCAUCUAUCUAAUAAACACGCUCGUCAAAAAAGGUUUACUGUGCUC